AUGACUGAAUCCGUGAUCACUUCCACUGGAGGGAGUGUACAACGAUAUUUGGGGGAAUGCGUCGACUGUGAGACAGGCAAGGGAAGACCUCGGAUCCAGGGCGAGUCGCCUGGUAACCUUCACGCAACGUACCCAUUUCAGAUCAUUGCCAUGGAUCAUAUACCCUCGCUGCCUAGAUCCUUCAACGGCAAUACCGAACUGCUGAUUUUCGUGGAUCUAUUCUCAGGAUAUGUGAUCGCCAAAGCUAGUGCCUCUAGAUCCGCUCAAACAAUAGCCGAGACUUACGAAGAAUGUGUCUUCCGUCGAUUUGGUGCGAGCGAGGUGAUCCGACAUGAUCUGGAGCCAGGCUUUAUGUCUGAUUUCUUUAAGUCGUUCAACAGGAUCCUGGGGCAACACCAACAGGCCACUAUGGCAUAUAGACCUCAAGCCAAUGGAUCUGCGGAACGCAUGAUCUGGAUCAACGAUGAGUAUGCUGAACGACUCACCUUCGCGAUCAAUACCGCAAGGGAUCGGAUCCGAGGCGAAACACCUUUCUAUAUGAUACAUGCCUGGGAUCCUAGAUCCACUCUGGAAGCCGUGAUCCCGGUGGGGAGCACUCGCAAGCAUGAUCGAGAUCCAAGAAGGUGGCGGUAUCGGAUGCAGAAGUAUUAUCAGCAGGCCAGGGAACAAGUGAGCCAACGCUUACGAGAAGCGAUCGCGGAUCGGGCCGAUACACAGAGUGAUCUAGCACGACCGCAUCCUGUAGAGUCCGGAUCAAGGGUCUGGCUAUACCUAGAUCGCGUGCGUGAAGGUUAUGCAAAAAAGCUGGCACCCUUAUGGCAUGGCCCAUUCCGCGUUGCCGAUAAGAUCGGAGAGCAUGCUGUGAGGUUGGAGAUAGCAGGAUCCACAUACAGCAUUUUCCCGGUGGUGCAUGUAUCGAAGAUCAAACUGGUCAAGGUAUUCCCAGAUCGACCAGUAACUCGGCUGAACGGAUCAGAAGGUCGAGUGGACUUCGAUGAAGCUCUCCUACCUGAAGAUAGCUGGAUCCAAGAUCGGGAUCCGGAUGAAUACGAAGUGGAGCGAAUUUCUAACAUGAGAACUGGCAAGAGGACGAGAUAUGGCCGGAUCUACCGAGAAUUCCUGGUACAUUGGCGUGGAUAUGAAGAUCCGACGUGGUUAGACGAAGCAGAUCUCAACUGCGGUGCUCUU